AGAAGUUCCAGUGUCCGAUGUGCGUGCGCGUGUUCUUCCACCGCAACAGCCUGUUGUACCACCUGCUGUCGCACAACAGCAAGCAGCAUGUGUGCCGUGAAUGCGGGAAGGAAUUCUACACGCAGGGGGCUCUCAAGGUCCAUAAACGCGUGCACAACGGCGACCGGCCGUACAAAUGCGAGGAGUGCGGCCGCCAGUUCCGUCAGUGGAGCGACCUCAAGUAUCACAAGGCGUCUUUGCACUCCCGCCAGAAAAACUUCAAGUGCGAAUUCUGUGGCAAAGAGUUCGCAAGAAAGUACUCCCUGAACAUUCACCGACGUAUCCACACCGGCGAGCUGAACUACAAAUGCGAGUACUGUCCCAAGACCUUUCGUGCCUCCUCGUACCGCCUCAUCCAUAUGCGGAUUCAUACAGACGACCGGCCGUACAAGUGCGCCACGUGCGGGAAGUGCUUCCGCGUGGGCGCCGACCUGCGCCGGCACAUGCUCACGCACGAGAAGGUGCGCAACCGCUUCGACGAGCACAAGAAGGCGCGCAGGCCCAAGGACGACGCCAACGGCGCCCCGACGGCCGAGCCCGCCAAGGCCGCCCAGGCCGACCAGGCCGCCCAGGCCGACCAGGCCGACAAGGCCGACAAGGCCGACAAGAAGAAGCCCCGGCGCAGCCAGGCCAGGAAGGCCGGCGCGCCCAACGUCACCGUGGCGGGCAAGGGCGGCGACGGCCACUUCAAGGUCGGCGCCGAGCCGUUCGACGCGCGGCAGGAUUGCGACAAGUUCAAGGAGCUGUACGGCGACGACUACAAGGAGGCCUUCAAGGCCAAGGAGUACGGCGACCGAGUGGGACAUUUCAAGGACGGCCAGCAGGAGCGGGAGCUGGCCGUGCUGAAGCCGAUUCUGAGGAACGGUUUGAACGGGGACGGCGACAAACCCGCCUACGCUAGAGCGGACAACACCGACGGCAAGAUGCAGGUGUUUACUCACGUCGAGAAGAAUGCGAACGUCCACACGGUCACGUUAAACGAUUUGAGAAACCUCGACAGGGAAAGGGGCGAGAGUAUUAACGGGGAACCGAUGGAGAACGCUUUUUUAGAACGGUUGGCGGCUAUUUAUAACAUAUCCACGUGAGGUAAACGUGCGUUAUAUUUUUGAUUGGAACAUUCAAAAAUAUAACUUAUUGUAGGUUUUUAUAAUCAAUUGUUUGGCGGCUUAACCUUUUGCCGGGACUCAUUUAUUUUCUCACGAAGCAGAGAGUUCCAGUGAUAACUGCCAACAAAGACCGAUGUCCACUUAAACAAGUACAGCACUGAACUUGCGUUUUUACAUACAUCUAAUACUGUGGCGUAAGGAAAAUGAUUUGCAUCGCAACAUUUCUUCAACAGCUUCAGUAUCACCAAUCACUUC